AUUGUCAUUAUAGAUGACGUGACGCUUGAAAAAUGAUCUUUUGAUAUUAGGAGAAAUUCAAAAUAUUGCAUAAAAUGCAAUCGAAGUCCUAUUAAUCAUUCAUAUAAUAUUUUAUUUGUAAACGUACUAUUUAAUUAACGUUGGUGGAUAUUCCAAGGAAUUCACAAUGUCUUCCUUCCAAAAUACAAACGACUAUUCUUGGCAGCCUCCUGAAAACAGUCAAAAUUAUUCCUUUAAUAAUUCAAAUUCUUUUGGCGAUGCAUCUCAGAAUCUAGAUUUUCAGACAUUUGCUCCAGAACAUCAAAACUUUUCUUAUGGUGAGAGCCAGAAUAAUCCACCUAAUAAUAAUCAAUAUUACAACCCAAGCUUAUUUACGCCUGCCCCAAUACCAGGAGAACCUGUUACAGCAACUUCAGAAUUUGAUGAGCCACCAUUGCUUGAUGAGUUAGAAAUAUAUCCAGACAGAAUACUUGAAAAAACACUGGCUGUUCUAAAUCCAUUUCAUGGACAAUCUAAGGCAGAUGAUGCAAACUUUCUAUUGCGAGAUACAGACAUAGCGGGACCAAUUGCAUUCUGCUUAGCGUUGGCGGUCUGUCUAUUCCUUGCGGGUAAUAAGGCACAUUUUGGUUAUGUAUAUGGAUUGUCAAUGAUGUCUGUAAUAUUGAUGUACUUUUUGCUCUCCCUUAUGAGUCGCACUGAAGGUGUGUUUACUAUUUUAUGUGUUGCCAGUGUUCUAGGAUACUGUAUGUUACCAAUGGUUGCUUUGGCAGGGCUAGGCAUUUUCAUUUCCCUAGAGGGAGGAAUAGGUUUAUCAUUAUCAGCGGUAGCUGUUAUAUGGUCAGCAUUAUCAGCAAGCAGAUUGUUUGUUACUAUGUCAGGAGAUUCUGAACAAAGACCUCUAAUUGCUUAUCCUUGUGCAUUAGUAAAUGGAGUGUUUGCUUUACUAGUUUUGUUUUAAAAAUUUAAUUUCUUAGGGGGACAUCAAGUUCUAUUUUUUACAUGUAAUGAAAAUCUUUUAAUUUAAUACAUUAUAUAAGAAAAAUAAUAAAAUUAUGGAGCAUGUAUUAAAAUUAAACUUGAUGCAAUUAAGAUUAUUCAAAAGUUUUUAUACAAAUGUAUUUUAUUAAUUAAAAUAAUAAACAUAAUAUAUAAAUGUUGUUUGUUUUCAGUUACAAUAAGAACACAAAUUAUACAAUUGUGUUAGCUAAAAGUUAAAGGAUUUUUCAAAACAAUGCACAACAACCAUAGUUUUAAAAUUUUAAUGAAAACAAUUGAAAUUGCGCUUUCUAUAACAAAACAGGAAUAACAUUGCAGUAUGUUUGUGACAUAUUACAAUAACAUAAAAUUAUAUUAAUCAAGUUCAUUGGUUUUUAAAAUAAAACUAUUGUACACAUUA